GCACUCCGCAUCCAAUAUAUAGAUGAGAGAGAUGACUGCGAAACUCCUCAGCGAGUCUCGUCAUAUGAACUAUUUAUUAUUCCGAGCUUGGAGCCCGAAGUCUAGCAUACUAUCAAAUAAGAUAAAUUGGAACGGUACAACUCGUGCAAGGGCGGUGCACUCCACAGUGGACGAGAAGGAUCUGUUCCAAUCUAAUACGAAAAUACUAAAAUCGUUCUGGGAUCCCGAAGGGCCAUGGAAACCACUUCACCAGUGGAACUAUGUUCGGUUGCCGUACAUCCGCGACCGGCUGGUGCAGGUCGCGCCCGGGGAGAAGUUCUCUACUUGCUUGAAAGGGAAGAAGAUCCUGGACGCUGGCUGCGGGGCGGGCGUGCUCUCAGAGGGCUUAGCGAAGUACGGCGCCGAAGUGACAGGAAUCGACCUCAGCAGAGAGUUGGUCGAGCUGGCGCGGCAGCACAGCGCCGCCGACGCGCGCCUGGCGCACAACCCGCCCACGUACAUCUACACUUCCAUAGAGGAGCACUGCAACAAGUUCCCGGACACGUACGACUUGGUGGUGGUGUCGGAGGUGCUCGAGCACGUGGCGCAGCAGGAGCUGUUCGUGGCGUGCUGCGCGCGCGCCGCGCGCCCGGGCGGCAAGCUGCUGUUCACCACGCCCAGCAGGACGCGCGCCGCGCAGCUCUACAUGAUCUUCGUCUUCGAGGAUGUCCUCAAGAAGUUCCCCAAGGGCGCCCACGACUACAACAAGUUCCUGAGACCGAGCGAACUUCAAUUUAUGUUAGAAAUGAACGACUGCUCGGUGGAGUCGGUGCGCGGCUACGUGUACCACCCGCUGGGCAACUACUGGGAGUGGAGCCCGCGCACGUGGUUCUCCUUCGCCAUGGAGGCCGUCAAGGCGGCCUAG